AUGCACCGAAAGCAGGCAUGGUCAAAGCGCGUGAAGAAGGAGCGCCAAAAGAAGAAGUACCUCACGCGCAUGCAGGCAACGCGUUUGCUGCAGGUCGACUCGAUUCACUUUCGUCGCCUCUGCAUACUCAAGGGUAUUUAUCCCCGUGCUCUGAACCGAAGCAAGCAGAAACAAAGCGGCAAUGACAAGCAAUAUUACCUUGCCCGUGAAAUUAAGUGGUUGGUACGGGAUCACCUGGCGGAUCGCAUGAUGGCGUUCCGCGCGUGGGAAAAGAAGGUUCGCCGGGCGGAGGCUAUGAGGCUCACUGAAGACCUUAAAGUCCUUCACAGUAACAAGGUUAAACCCAAGUAUAGCCUUGUUGCCACAAUUAAGGAGCGCUAUCCUUACUUCGCUGACGCUGUGCGGGAUAUUGAUGACGCCAUGUCUAUGAUUGCAUUGUACGCUUUUCUGAGUCCCGAAGUGGCGAGUGAGAGUACCAUUGAGACGCAUCACACGCUGACCUCUGGACUUCAUCGACGGGCCCGCGAGACAUGCGAACGGUGGAAUAGCUAUGUAGAGCGCGCCCAAGCCUUGUCAAAGGGAUUUAUAUCCAUAAAAGGGUAUUACUUUGAGGCCAUUGUUCGUGGCGAGCGUGUGCGUUGGUUAUGCCCGCAUGAGUACGCUCACAAAUUUCCAGCAGGUGUACAGCAGUAUAUAAUGAUCAGUUUCCUUGAGUUCUACCUUGAAUUGAUGCGCUUCGUGCUUUUUAAGUUGGAGCGUGACCUAGCGGAGAAGCAGAAAGCGGAGGAGGAAGAGCCGAACCUAAACGCAGAGAAUUUCGACACCACUAACAAGGAAACCGUUCAAGGGUUAGGCGGGACGGUGGGACAAGUUGCCAAACGGGUGGAGCUGAUGGACGAGGAGCUGCGGAAGGUACGUCGCGUAUUUGAGGGACUCUCCUUCUACAUAUCGCGUGAGGUCCCGCACAAACAUGCAGCACUUGUGAUCAAGGCAUGCGGUGGCCGUGUUGCAACAGGAUACGUCGCCGAAAACAUUACACAUUUUGUAGUAGACCGACCGGCACUGCCACCUGGUUUUGAGAAAGAUGAUCGCAUUGAAUACGUUCAACCGCAAUAUCUCUUCGAUUGUCUCAAUGCGCGCCUACUGCUUCCACCCAACGGUUACCGCAUUGGUGAGGAGCUCCCGCCGCACGUUUCGCCCUUCACAGUGGCCAUCACCAACAGCACGGAGGACAUUGCUGCCGUGGAGGAGGCCCGACGGGAUCAUCCUAAGAUAGUUUCAUAUGUUCCAAAGCGCGUGCACGAGAUCCGAAAGCUCAUCAACCCGCAGUAUACACCAACAGACCCUGAUGGAAAGGCUGCGGAGCUCCUUCUUGAAGAAGAAAGUGACGAGGAGAACGUCGCCGCACAGGAGCUAGACAGAGACGACGACGUGCAGCUCUCUGGUGACGAACUCCAAGAGGCGCGACGACGACCCAAGUGGGAGGAUGAACAAGUGACUGAGUCUGUUGAACGCACCAAAUUAUCUGCUUUGAAGGUGCGUCAACAGCGCGAGUUGAACUUGAUGAAUGCGCCUACCAACGAAGCUGUGGCACGUCGGCGCUUGGCACAGCAGAAGGCAAAGGAGGCACGCAAACAGCAAGAGACGGAUGAACAUCGGCUUCGUAGAAAACUCGCAGAUGUGAAACGGCAAGAAGUGGCGACACGCAAGAUGCAACUGCAGGUUGCCCGCAAAAAGGCUGCGAGAUAUUACAAGAUGGUCAACGGUGUUGUGCAAGGCAACGAAAGGCGCGAGAAAAUGCUGACAGCGAAGGCAAAGCAGUUGUCAGAAGGUCGCAUUUCCGCGGCGAAGGACGGAAGUGGACUCGUGAACAAUAAGUUGGAGGCAAGACGUGCGAAGGCAGAGGCCGCCGGGAAGAAGCUGAAGGAGAAGAAACCCAGUAAUCCAUACAGUAAGCUUCCAAAGUGGGUGCGUUGA